AUCUACGACGUAUUGCGCUGCCACUAUCUUACCAAGGAAGAAACUCUUAGCAUACAAAAACUUUAUUCUAUGUGCCAGUCUUACAAAAGAAACACCACUGGCCAUUUCUUGACCAGUAAUGGGUAAUGAAGCGAUUUAUCUGCGUAAACGUGUUUUAAGCAAAGACGGAAGUCAGAGCGACAGUAGCUCUCGUCUUGCCCUCAUCAUCUCUGCUGUAGUCCGAGAAUGGCGGCCGCUGCAGCAGGAAUAAACAAGCAGGGCGCCGUAGCGACGAUGGAGCCCUGUGUCCGACACGGGAGGGGGGCAAAUGGAAGCACAGUCAAGGUGCUUGAGUGUGGUGUGUGUGAGGACGUCUUCUCUCUCCAAGGGGACAAGGUGCCUCGUCUGUUGCUCUGUGGACACACGGUGUGCCAUGAUUGUCUCACCCGGCUGCCCCUCCAUGGCAGAGCGGUCCGCUGCCCCUUCGACAGGCAGGUCACUGAGCUGGGGGAUUCUGGAGUUUGGGGACUGAAGAAGAAUUUUGCUCUGCUUGAACUCCUGGAGCGACUCCAGAAUGGUGCCACAAACCAGUCAGGAAUGGCAGAGGAUGCCCUGAAAGGCAUGGGUGAAUGUAUAAUUCGAUGUGAUGAGGACGAGAGCCACACAGCCUCCAUGUACUGCACUGUGUGUGCCACCCACCUGUGUGCUGAGUGCUCCCAGCUCACCCACUCCACCCGCACACUGGCCAAACACCGUCGUGUGCCUCUGGCUGACAAGCCUCAUGAGAAGACUCUGUGCCCACAACAUCAAGUUCAUGCCAUUGAGUUUGUCUGCCUGGAGGAAGCCUGUCAGUCUGGUCCUCUCAUGUGCUGCGUGUGUAAGGAGUAUGGCAAGCACCAGGGACAUAAGCAUGCAGUUCUUGAAACUGAAGCCAAUCAGAUCCGUGCAUCCAUUCUGGAUAUGGCCCACUGCAUCCGCACCUUUACAGAGGAAGUGUCUGAGUACUCCAGGAAGCUGGUGGGAAUCGUACAGCAGAUAGAGGGAGGAGAGCAGAUUGUGGAGGAUGGAGUUGGCAUGGCACACACUGAACAUGUUCCCGGCACAGCAGAGAGCGCACGCUCCUGUGUCCGGGCCUAUUUUGCUGACCUCCACGAGACUCUGUGCCGGCAGGAGGAGAUGGCAUUGAGUGUGGUUGACGCUCAUGUCAGGGAGAGGUUGAUCUGGCUGAGGCAGCAGCAGGAGGACAUGACCAUCCUGCUGUCUCAGGUCUCCACUGCCUGCCUACACUGUGAGAAAACACUACAACAGGAUGACUGCAGAGUUGUGCUGGCGAAGCAGGAGAUCAACUGUUUGCUGGAGACACUUCAGAAGCAGCAGCACCAGUUCACUGAGUUGGCAGAUCACAUUCAGCUGGAUGCUGGCAUCCCUGUGACCUUCACCAAGGACAACCGUGUCCACAUUGGUCCAAAGAUGGAGAUCCGUGUCGUAACUCUCGGACUGGAUGGAGCUGGAAAAACCACCAUCCUCUUCAAGCUGAAACAAGAUGAGUUCAUGCAGCCCAUCCCAACCAUUGGUUUCAAUGUGGAAACGGUUGAAUACAAGAACUUGAAAUUCACCAUUUGGGAUGUGGGUGGAAAACAUAAGCUGAGACCCCUCUGGAAACACUACUACCUGAACACACAAGCGGUGGUGUUUGUGAUUGACAGCUGCCACAGGGACAGGCUGAUGGAGGCUCACAGUGAGCUGGCCAAGCUGCUGACCGAGAAGGAGCUGAGAGAUGCCUUAUUGCUCAUCUUUGCAAACAAACAGGAUGUUCCUGGAGCUGUGUCUGUCGAGGAGAUGACCGAGCUGCUGAGCCUACACAAGCUUUGCUGUGGGAGGAGCUGGCACAUUCAGGGCUGUGAUGCCCGCAGUGGAAUGGGCCUCCACGAGGGCCUGGAUUGGCUCUCAAGACAGCUGGUGGCUGCAGGAGUCCUGGACGUAGCCUAAGUGUCACCUCCCUGUACUUCACUGUUUUUUGGUCUUACAUCUUCCCUGAUGACUUAACUUAUCAUGGCUCAGUCUGAGACCCCUGUUCCUCAGUUUUCUCACCACAUCAAGCCCUUAACUUUCAGAUGAGCAGGUGUCCAGACUGUUGCCUGUCAUCAAGACCCUCUCUCCUUAAUGUCUCCUUGUACCUUCACCGUUGUGAUGAACAUGGUGGGUGAAGCAAGAAAACAAAGUAACUUUCUUGAUCGGGCUGUGUUGAAUAGGAGAAAUGAGAGCAUGGCACUACAUAACAAACUGAAAGGCUGUCUUAGCAAAAUCAGUCGUACCACACUCGACCACCCCUGUACCGUUCGUCAUCACAUGGAUUCUAACCUGCAAGAAGUCAGUCACUGACCUAAAAAAGGAAGGAUUCUUAGAGGAUUCUUGGAAACGUACUAACCUUGUUAAGGCUACUACAUACUCCUGCCCCACAAUGCUAAGUUUAUGAGGCAGCUUGUAACACGUUGCAUACUUUUUUUUUCUUUGUUCUGACUAACCUCCUAGAUGAGCUGUGCACAUCUGGCAUCUUUAGCUGGGUGACUUAACAUUAGAAAAGCUCCUUGUGCCCUUACAAAAGUGAAUUGUACCUAUUUUGUGUCCCAUAUGUUACUCAUCAUAACCAUAUGUGACAGUGAGCUUACUAUCAAGAAAUCAUGAAUGCGUACUACUCUGUAUUUUAAAAAAUGGUAUCAUUUAUGUACCUUUUAUAUUCUUCAGUAGACUUGGACAGCACAACACAUCAAUAUUCCUAAGUGAUCAUGACAAAAAUCCUAAUUACAGAUGACCUCCAGUUAAAUCUAAUAUAUAUUUGCAGGUAAGUAAAUGGACAUGUAUAGUAUCAGUAUAUUCACCAAGGAGUAAAGGAUGCCAGAGUGCUUGCCUCCAGUGGGUCUGAUGAAUGCCUGUUGUAUGGCUUUUGACUAAUGGUGAAAUAUCCUGGGUUUGGCCUUGAUGUCUUAUGUAAGCAAUAGGAAUUGAUGUUUAACAGAGAAAAUUUGACAUCUUUCAGUUGUUUUGUGUACAGGUUUUUGAGUGUAUGAGCCUAUUUAAUGCCACAGCUGGUCUUGAUAUGGCACACCAGAGUUUUGGGUUGAUAUAUGUACAUUGUAUUGGUUUGAAUGUAGAGUUUGUUACAGAACAAGCAGUUUACUGAACUUAUUUAUGAGUGGAAAGGGGGACGUUACUUUGAAAUGAGGCUGUUAAGAGAAAUGAAGUUUAUUUUGCGCCAAUUCUGCCUCUGUUUUGUGGAGUGUCUUGCACGCAGAAUUUGUUGAAUGCACUUGUCCGCUGCCUCAAUACAUCUGAUUUCAUUUGGAAGCGCAUUACUAUCUGCUGUUUCGUAGUAGACUCCAAUUAUUAACCUCACUUCAGAAAGUCUUGUGAAAAAAGCGUCUAUCUCAUGAGUCCUGUUUAACCUGUCUGGAGUGCUUAUGACAUGCUGUAACAUCUUUAAAUAACAGGCUUCAGUAUCAAUGUAGAUGUGAAUUCUGGUCAAGCAUUAACCUAAUACCAACACCUGUCUUCUUUUAUUGAUGAACCAACAUUUGGUUUUGAAUUAUUUUUCUCAUUGUCUGUAAUGUUUACUACUUGUAUCUAUGAAAAGAAAAAGCAUGUGUGAAAAGCCUUUCCAUACUUUAGAGGAUUUCUCAAUUUGUGAAAAUUGUCUAUUUGUUUUUGAAACAUGUAGAAGCACAGUGCACAUCAAUACCUUUGUUACCAGUGGACUUGAUAAUGGCUUUUGUAAAUUAUUCAUAAUUAAUGUGAUGCUGUAAAAUAAAAUAAAUUGACCUUAUGUGA